AUGCCUGAAACAAAAUUGCCAAACUUUUUAAUAAAGUUAUAAUCAAUGUUGAAUGUAUAAUAAUUUGAAUAAUUAAAGGAUGCAUCAAAUAAUCAUAUAAUUAGUUGGGAUGAAAGAGGUAGUAAACUAAUAAUUCAUGAUAUAAAAUAAUUUAAAGAAAUUGUAUUGCCCUUAUACUUUAAAUAACCAAAUUAUACAAGUUUCUAAAAGUACAACUAAUGUAAUAUAAUUAGGUAAAUGAAUAACUAUGGAUUUAAGAAUAUCAGAAUUUCAUCUACAACAACAGAGUUUUACAAUGAAAAUUGGACUAGUGACUAUAGAAAAAUUGAUUAAAUGGUAAGGAAAAAAAGAAUCAUAAUUGAAAAAGAUUCAAAUUCUUCUUUUCUCUCUUAAUUAAUGAUAUUGAAAUGUUCUUAAAAUUAAUUAAUAGAGAAUUUGUAAUAUAUUAAUUACAAAUAAACAAUCAUAAGUUAAAUUAUUUAUGACUUGCACUUAGAAUCAUUAAAAUAAUAAGAAUUAUUCUAAUAAUUUCUUGAUCUAUAAUUGUGA